GCAGAGCAGCUUGUGAUGUCAAGCAAGGUGCCGACUAUAAGAUAUGCAAAACUAUGAAAGUUUUCACAUACGACCAUAGGACGUUGAAAACAAGGCUUCCCGUUCGCUCAGCCCUAUUUAAGCAACGUACCGGUGGAUUAGUAGUUAGGUGGGUGACCACUAGCGAAUACCCGCUGUUGUAUGUUUUUGCACUUUCCAGCACUCCCAAGUCUGACUGACCACAGCGAGCGAAGAGGUGCC